AUGUUCCACGACAGAGGAUGGACUGUUGGAAGAGGGGGAUGUCCUACUCAUCUUGAUAUAUUAUCUCAGCCACCAGAUACUAUUCACGGCUCAUUUUGUGUAACAGUUCAAGGUGAAGUUAUCAAACAAUCAUUCGGAGAAGAGCAUUUGUGCUUUAGAACACUUCAGCGUUUCCCUGCAGCUACCCAGGAACACAGAAUGUAUCCUCCUGUGUCACCAAAACCAGAAUGGCAUUCCCUUUUGGAUAAGAUAGUUGUCAUUGCAACAAAAGAAUAUCAUUCAAUUGUUUUCCAAGAACCUCACUUUGUUGAAUACUUACGACAAAGAAAGUAA